GCUACUACCAUACCAUGGCAAGGCUUCUCGUCUCCAACACAGCCUCUCUCACUCUCUCUCCACCAGCCCCGUCCUCACGUGCUCUACUCAACCCCCCGCACGUGCCCAAAUCGCCGGCGACUCGAUUUUCCGGCCGGAAAGCCAGAGGCCUAACGGUGGUGACAUGUGCCGGUCCCACCACGAACCAGUACGUGUUCGCAUUCGUUAUGCCACUCUCUCUGAUCGCUGUCACUGUCUUCACCUCCUUGAGAAUCGCCGAUAAGCUCAACGAAGACUUUCUUGAAGAGAUUGCAAUUAACCAAGCGAUCAGGGAAACUGAUGAGGAUGAUGUAGUUGACAUGUCUAUAGAGGAAAAAUCUGCCCUUCCACGAACACGCAACCGACCCAAAAGGGAAGUCUAGACUUUCUGUUUGCUGCUUGGUAAGGUUUAGUUUUAUAUUUCAGAUCAGCGUGAAGUCGUGAAUGGUGAUUCUUUGAAUGUAAGGGAAAGAAGGGGAUGCAGGGAAACUUAUAGGCUUUGACAAUUUUCUAUGUC